AUGAGGCGACGUCGUGCUCUGAUUUCGGCUCAGCCUUGGUGGCAGAACUCAUCAUACUCACGAGGAGCAUCAGGCUCAGCGCCAACAGCGAAUCUUGUUACCACUGGCAAGGGUGCGAUUGGACAACAAUACACAACCAUAAUCCUUACGCGAACGCAAUAUACCACUUUUAUAUACUCGAAUUCGUAUACUAGUCGGUCUCAAAGAUUGUCAAGGUCAAUUCUCCCUUUCAUGGGCGAAUCCUCGAGCAAGACUACCUCGCAUGCUAUUUUGAAAUCAUCUUCCUCGUCGCCACUAAUUACGUAUCAGCCAACAACUUUCUCGACAACAACAACGGCGAGAGUGACCACUCAUUCAACAACGACUGUAAAAACAACUGUCUAUAUCACAAGUACACGUACUGUUCCAGCAGCGUCAAGUACACCGCAAAGAGUAUCGACUUCUGCCGUUCAAAACACUACAUCUACAACCUCUACGUCUGCUACGAGCCCAUCAGCAAGUGUCGCCGCUGGUCAAGGUGGAGAAGGACGCGGCUCCCUAUUGAUAAGUCCAAAUGGAAGUUCAGAGCAUUCGGCGGUAAUAGCUGGAGGAAUGUCUGGAAGCCUGGCGGGAAUCGCAUUGAUAGGAUUGCUUUUCCUGCUCUUCUUUCGAAGAAAAAAAAGAUUGUCUUACCAAGAUAAAGAUGGCGCUGCUGCAGAACCUCGGAUGUCAUCAUCUUCUCAGGCAUUGCCAUCAGCUGUAGCAGCGGCAGGCGCGAUUCGGCAUUCAGACAGGAGUGCUAUCAUGGCCCGUCAAGGAUCUAAUCCUGAGCGACUGCCUGUCAUUGAUCACAACCUGAUCCAUAUGGAUCUCAAUCAUUGGGACCGGCCUUUUGCUCACGAAGAUCCUCAUCUGCGGGAUGACGGCUCGCCUCUACGUCUUAUGAAUCCAGAUCCCACGCCUACACCUCCUGUUAAUCUCAGGACAUCCUCAACAUCUAUAUCUCCUGAUGCAGGCCCGAACAACCCCCAUGGCUUCCUUCAAAGACAGCGGUCUGCUCUGACUGCAGCUCUACUAUCCAUUAAGCGUUCUUUUUCGAGUCAAGAUGUAGUACCAAGACAUGCAAGCUAUGAAUCUCAGCUGCAGCCUUCAGCGCAUCCUUCAGCACAUCCGUCACCUCUUCACAUUCCAGACAAGAAUACAAACAAACUCACCAUGCCCUCCGAAGCCAUCCUUGCAGGCGUCUCGGCUUCCCGUCCCAUCUCUUCACAAUCAGCCAUGUCGAACAAUACUAUCAUCCGUCAUCAAGUCCCUGACGAUCCAUUCGUCACUUCCACAUCUGCACUCCCCAGCUCACCGCUGCCAAACUGUCUACACCCAGGGAGUGGCGUGGCUCGCCGCGACUUCCUCGCUCCACCACCACUUUGGACCAAGAUGCCAAUGCAAUCCACACCCACGCAUCCUCGACGCGGUACCGUGAGCCCUCUGACAAGGACGAAUAGCGAUUGCAGCACUCGAUUCGAGAGUCUAUCGCCUACAAGAAGCGAAGUUUCUAGUGUGAGUUUUCGCAGUGGGCCUUUCGAUCUCGCGACUGCUAGUGUUGUCGACGGAGAGAGUGGGAGAGAAGCCGAUGUUGGCAGAGAACAAAGAGAGCAGACGCCUAAUUGGGAGGUUUAUAUGUCCAGGCACCUAGAGGGAUGA